UGACUGAAUUCAACAAAAUGCAAGAAUUAUUAGUUGCCGUCAAUUGCAUACGAGAACCCAUAGGGAGCACCGUUACCUCUGAGAUGUCAGAUGUUACAGAAUAUAAAACUACGUUGGUUAUCAGGUUCAGUCAGAAAAUACAGAACUUUAUAAAAAUGGCCAAAAAUCUGGACUCAUUUAAGACCCUUUGCGGUAACGACCGGUUAGCCCUUAUAAAGUACGGGUGCGUUGAGAACCUAUGUAUGCGUUCACUUCAAUACUAUGAUCUCACACAUGAAUAUUGGACUAUAUAUGCGGGGAACGACACCUCUAUACGAGUAAAAAUGGAUUUCUUUGCCACUUGUGAGCCAUUCCUAUGCGAUCCCCACCGGAAUUAUUUUAGUAAAAUUGGUCCCGAAUGGGAUUCGGACCCUAACAUAAUUGACCUGUAUUAA